CCAUGUGACGCACAACAGGCUGCCUCCGCCGCGCAUAAUGUCGACGCUGCCGCGCUGCAGAGCCCAGUAGGUGUGUGAGCGUCUUUCUGUGGGACAGUUUGGGCCGUGGUCGAACCGAGCAGAGCCAAACUCCUCGCUGAAGAAAACUUGAGACGUAAAGAAGAAGGAACACGAUGGAGCUCUCGGCCAUGGGCGACCGCGUCUUUGCCGCGGAAGCCAUAUUGAAGCGCCGCGUCCGAAAGGGAAGACUUGAAUACCUGGUGAAAUGGAAGGGAUGGGCAAUGAAGCACAGCACCUGGGAACCAGAGGAGAAUAUUCUAGAUGACAGACUCAUACUCGGCUUUGAGCAAAAGGAACGAGAGAGGGAGCGUAGUGGUCCGAAAAAACGGGGACCAAAACCCAAAAACCUCGCCACAAGGACACAGCCAGCACUGCGAGAACCAUGCAGCCGAUCCACAAAGUCCCGCCGGACGACGUCGCACUCUUCCUCUGUGACCCCUUCUUCCUCUACAUCGCCUCAUCCUUCAGCAUCUUCCUCUUCCUCGAGUUUGGCUCCUUCCCCAAAGCUCAACUCCCUGGCGGCCACCCACAAGCUGAAGAAGGACAUCCAUCGUUGCCACCGCAUGUCCCGCCGGCCUCUGCCUCGCACGGAUCCCAUGUCCUUCUCCAGCCCCGGCGGCUUUCCGUCUCGCCCUCACGCCUCCCCUUUCUCCGAGACCGUCCGCAUCCUCAACCGCAGGGUCAAGCCCCGCGAGGUGAAGAGGGGUCGUAUCAUCCUCAAUUUGAAGGUGAUCGACAAGCCGAGACGCGGCGGCUCGAGCGGAGGAGCCAGGAAUCUUCCGGGUGGACGCCACAACAUCCCAUCCCGGAAUCGCAUCAUUGGGAAGAAAGGAGAGGCUCCUUACAGACCUUUCCAGCCUCCGCUGAAGAUGCUCGGUUUCCCCAUGUAUGGGAAGCCAUUUGGGCUGCAAUGCGGAGGUCCUCUGACAUUCCACCCUCAGCCUGGGUCCUGCAACACCCGGAACCUCCGUCCAGCCCAGUCCUGCCCCCCGGCUCCCCCUUCCACCACCAGUGCCCCCAAAGGAAGGUCUCUGCCAACCACUGCUGCAGCUGAAUCCUCCAAGUCCAGUGAGGCUCCUGAAACCAGUGAAGGUCCUGUAGAACCCCAAAAUAACCCACCAUCCGCCAAACCUUCUGUCUCACCUAUACCAGCAACCUCACCCUCUUGCAUGAGAGGUGAGGAAGAGGCCCCAAACCCCUCCCUUCCCCAAGAAGCAGGGGGCCAACCCGAACCCGCCAGGGUGCCUGUUGAGGGGGAUCCCGACUGGCACCCAGAGAUGGGACCCAGCUGCAAAGAUGUGGUGGUCACCGACGUCACCACCAACCUCGUUACCGUUACCAUCAAAGAGUUCCCCUCUCCUGCCUCUGGCCCCGCCUCUCCGGCUUCCGUCGCAGAAAACGGGACCUCCGAGGAGCCCGCCCUUCCCAAACCAGCAGAGCUUGGCUCCGCCUCCUCAUCCUCUUGCGGUCUCUAUGGCAACACACGGGGAGAGCAGCUUAGCAACACGACCAGCGACCGAGCAUCUCCAGUGCUGACUGCCCGGUGCCAGCAAUAUUUUACCGUGCUCCGUCUCCUCAGCGUCAUGAAGUUCAUGGUGGUCCUGGUGGGCGCCGGCUCCCUGGCCUUCCUCGGCGCCGUCAUCUGCAUCUUCGCCAGCGUGUACCCCCGCAAACGCGCAGUCUCUCUCGGCGACAACGGCACCCUCGCCUCGGAGACGCUCCCGGAGCCCAGCUCGGUAGCGCACGCGGGGCCGCUCGGUGCUUUACACGGCGCGGACUCCUACGAUGGCGAGAACGGGCUCGGCGGUAUCGGCUUGGGGGUCCCCAGUCUGAACGAGCUCAACCUCGGGGAGGAGAGCGGCCGAGGCUCGGGAAAGGCGUUCAGUUACAGCCGCUUGAUCUGCACGCCGGUACCGCUGGGUGAGUGCACGGGUAAAGACGCGCAGCAGCCGCUGGCGGACGACCCCUUGGCCGAUGACUGGACGUCCCUCAGCACAACGGCGGAAGAGCUCCGGCAGAUGGUCAUGCAGCAGAACGACCAGAUCCUCAUGGACCAGAGGACCAUCCGGGAGCUGACGGGGAAGCUGAGCGAGUGCGAGAGAGACCUGGAGGAUGACAGGCCCGGCCCGGAGAGGAGCAUCGGGGUUUGGAACGGCAACCGGAAGGUCAUGGCCGGGGAUGAUGUGAGUUCCUCGUCGGCCUCUCAGCUGCAAACAGCCCGCGCUGUGGAGGAGCUUGCCCGGGCCAUCAUGGACCUGAAAGACCGCAUUGAGAAGCUGGAGGCAGAGAUUGGCCCAGCAGCCUUGAACCUCACUGACACGACCCCAGGAAUGAGCAGCGGCCAGGCAGCCAAGCCUCCCACAGCUCCCACCGGAGGCGUCGUCUCCCCUGCGCCCGCACCUGCAGCAGCAGCACCGCCAGGCUCCGGGGCUCGCCGCCCCGCCCCUAAACCUUCCACCAAGGGGCCACUUGGCCGUGGGAAGGGCCCAUGGAGGGUGGAGGACCUGGAGGGCGAGCUGGAGAGGAAGAUUAAAAUGCUAGAGAAGGAGCGGCAGGCCAUGAGGAAGGAGACGCAGGGUCAGUACGAGAAGAUCAACCAGGGCAUCGACACGGCCAACCACCGUGUUACAGAGCUGGAGCACACGCUCACAGAGCCGUCGUUCCCGGACGGCUUCGUCCUGUCUUUCCCCAUGCGGACCAACUACAUGUACGGCCUGGUGAGGAAGGAGAUCACAGAGAUGUACGCCUUCACCGCCUGUGUGUGGCUGAAGGCCAAAGAAGGAGGCAUAGGAACCCCUUUCUCUUACUCGGUGCCCGGGCAGCCUAACGAGCUGGUGCUGCUGCAGGGGGUCCACAACCCUGUGGAGCUGCUAAUCAACGACAAGGUGGCCCAGCUGCCGUUGUCUCUGCCUCAAGACGAGUGGCAGCACAUCUGUGUCAGCUGGACCCUGAGGGACGGCGUGUGGAAGGCCUACCAGGGCGGCAAGAUGAAGGGAAGGGGUGAAGGCCUGGCCGCCUGGCACCCGAUCAAGCCGGGGGGAGUGCUCAUCCUGGGCCAGGAGCAGGACACCCUGGGCGGACGUUUCGACGCCUCCCAAGCCCUGGUGGGGGAGCUCUCCCAGUUCAACCUGUGGGACCGUGUUUUGAAGCCCGCCGAAGUGGCCGCCGUGGCCGAGUGCAGCUCCUCCGUACUCGGCAACAUCGCCCCCUGGACCGACCUGGACGUCGACGUCUACGGCGGGGCCACCAAGGAGUCCUUAGACCCGUGCCACGCUGCUCAGAGAUCCAACCCCGCGGGCCCUAAACAGUGAGACAGUCUGGCAUGUUUAAGUCAUGCAUAAAGUGUUUUUCGGGGGGGGGAUUACCACACUAACGUGAUGGAGCUAUUCGGUUCUUUCGAGUUUUUCGUGUCGCUGUAUUUAGUUCUGCAGUAAGACUGAGGUUAGUGGAAGCAGCAACCUUGUGGAUGUCAACGGGGGCGACUAAACCAUACCGGACUCGUCGGGACUUAGCAGGUAAAGCUAAGGAACAGCAAGGUUCUUAAUUCACUUUAUUGUACAGUAGCUUGUGCUGAAACUGCUGAGGUGUUCUCUGGAGAAAAAAAAAUGUUCAGUUCUGCGUACUUGUAGCUUUUAUAUGGAAAAAGUUGCUCCCGUCGUUGGCUAUAAUACAGUAAAGGUGUAUUAUUGUGUCAUGUAGCCUUGCUAACACAAUUUGUAGACCUGCAAAAAGCUUCGUGUAGAGAAAUAACCGAGUUUAAAAUAAACACUUAAUGUCAUACUGUACACCGCAAAAAACCUCUAUGAAAUUAAAUCGUGUCUUGGCUAAAACCAGAAUGUGUGUAUUUGCAUGUAAAAGGUAUGUUCUCAGCGUAAGUGUCCAUUUGCCAAAGUCAAUGAAAUACAUGAGAAAUCACUUAUUCCAUCCAACCAACAGUAUGAAGACCAACUGUAAUAUUUAUGUAUUUAUUCAACACUUUCACAAUUAACUGUGAAUCAAUACAAAUGUGUUGAAGUCGCCAUUUUUCGUUUAUAUUUAUAUUUAAUAAGUAACUCAUGUGGCAAAUAAAUGUGAGAUUAUCUUCUUUUGGAAAGAUUAUACGUAGUCUGUAAUUCAUUAGCAUUUUGUACUAAUGUACAUUGGUGUUUGAAUUAGAGAUGUCCGAUAAAUGCUUUAAAAUGUAAUAUCGGAAAUUAUCGGUAUCGUUUUUUUUAAAUUAUCGGUAUCGUUUAUUUAUUUAUUUAUUUAUUAAAUCAACAUACAAAAACACAAGAUACACUUACAAUUAGUGCACCAACCCAAAAAACCUCCCUCCCCCAUUUACCGUCAUUCACACAAAAGGGUUGUUUCUUUCUGUUGUUAAUAUUCUGGUUCCUACAUUAUAUAUCAAUAUAUAUCAAUACAGUCUGCAAGGGAUACAGUCCGUAAGCACACAUGAUUGUGCGUGCUGCUGGUCCACUAAUAGUACUAACCUUUAACAGUUAAUUUUACUCAUUUUCAUUAAUUACUAGUUUCUAUGUAACUGUUUUUAUAUUGUUUUACUUUCUUUUUUUAUUCAAGAAAAUGUUUUUAAUUAUUUAUCUUAUUUUAUUUUAUUAAUAUUUUAAAAAAGGACCUUAUCUUCACCAUACCUGGUUGUCCAAAUUAGGCAUAGUAAUGUGUUAAUUCCAUGACUGUAUAUAUCGGUAUCGGUUGAUAUCGGUAUCGGUAAUUAAAGAGUUGGACAAUAUCGGAUAUCGGCAAAAAGCUAUUAUCGGACACAUCCCUAGUUUGAAUUGUAGUUUCAGCAUAGGUGCUAAGCCAAGCUAGCAGCAUUAGCACCAAGGCACACUAUGACAUUGAAAUUCAUCUUCAUUGUGCUUGGAAAACGUUCUUGUUUUACUCCGUAUUUUAGCAGGAGUUGAACUGCAAGCUAGUUAGCGCGUUGUUAUUAACAUCCUGUGGUUGUCUCCAACAAGACUGGAGCCAUUUUGUUUUUGUUUUCCGUCAUGGACAUUUUUUGAUUUAUGAGAAGAACAUGUACGAAAAGUGAUUCAUCCCUAUUUUGUCCAGCUGAACAACAACACAAAACACUGUGUACCGGUAGUCAAGUGUACUUUGCGCUAAAUGCUUUCUUUACCUCGUUACAUGAUACCAAGGAGUGUUUGGCCACACUGGAAAAACCCCCAAAAAACACGAGAAUACUGUCAAAAUAUUACUCUGUAAUAUAUGCAACGAAAAAAAUGUAUUGCAUGAAAAAUGUUUAGUUAAUGUCAAGUAUUGACAAAUCCGAAUUAUACUUUUUCUUUGUAUAUUUACGACUUGUUUUCUUCUUGCAACUUCUUGCUGGAGCCAAUAUAAUAUUACAAUUUCAAUGACAAUAACUCUGCAUAGUCAUGUUACAAUUUUUUUAUGUGAUGCUACUUUUUCCCUUUAUUUCAUGGUCUUAUUUUUACAUGAAGCCUAAUUCUUAUUAUAAUUUUACUAAGAAACUAAUAGCAUUAUUUGCAUAAUGUUACAAUUUAUUUUUUUUAUAUUUUGAGGUUUAAAAAAUAUAUAACUUUAUAAUUUUUUCUAUACUUUGUCUAAUUAUCUAGUACUGUUAAUAUUUUUUAAAUUGUACUUUUAAAAAAAAAUUGCUGUAUGAGUAGCAUUUUGUUUCCCCCCUGAAUUUUAUGAUUUGUUUUUUUUUACUUAUCAAUUUAUUCUUGUAACAUAAUCUUAAAACAAGAAAAUGUAAAAUAACAUUCUUAAAAUAAAUAAAUUCUUAAAAUAAUAUCCCGUCCAAAAAGUUUACAUUUUUUUUCUUUUUGACCAACUUUUUUUCCUGCAAUUUUUUAAAACAAAAAUCUGACUGUCAUAAAACAAGGAAUAUUUCAACCUUGUUCUCGGGAACAUUGCAAUUUUUUUUGCGUGUGUGCUGCUGUGUAAUACUCGUUGGUACCAUGAUCCCCACAUUCUUUUUGUGUUUUUUCAAGUGCCUGUUUGGGCUUCAAACGCCCUCAAUGGUAGUCUUAAAAAUAUAUAUUGUUUUCUUCUACCCGUGUUCUUCUAAGUGUUGUCUUUUUUUGCACCUUUUUAAUGCAAUUGCUCUUGUGAAAUCGGUGGAUGAACGUAAAUAAAACUGCAUAUGAUGAUGAC